ACUUUACCGCGAUUUACGAAUUUGCGGACGGGUCUUGUAUUGUAAACAUGCAUUUUUGAUAAAAAAAUGACUCAAAAUGAAACUCUACAUCUGAUCUGGACAAACAUCCCUUCCUGAAAGGAUUGCUGAGAAUUGAAUCAGAGAUAUGGAGGGCUCUGACCAUCUCUUUCAGCUGGAUGAAGAUGACCUGUUUAGCAGUGAUAGCUUUUUAGAGGAACUAGAGCAGGCAGAUAAAGUGGAAAAUGCGGUCUCCAAGCACAAGCAAACUAUGUCCCAUCCUGGACACCAACAAAACACCUUCAGCAAGACCCACACGACUGUACCCUCUAUGCCUGCAAGGACUGCAACAGCAGUUGUACCUCAGGCAAGAACUCCUGGAGGAGAAGGAAGAAAGUUUUCCUUCAAAAGUAAAACUUCACCUGAAAUUCCAUUGCCGCCAUCCGUUGGUAGCUGUAAGCAAGGAGUCCUCCCUAUCAGUACUGGAGAAAGGAUCGGUGUCGAUUGGAAUAGAAAUAAAGGUUUGGUCCAAGAAAAUAGGAAUAAGCUCACUUCAAGUAGGAAAGAUCCUGUGAAUCCAAUGCCAAAUGUGAACAGUAAUAAACUUCCUCAAAGCAUGGCAAAGAUUCCAUCUCCAUUGGCGAAUUUGAGACAGUUAAAUUCAAAGCGAUUUAACCCAGUUACUCCUGUGAACACAAUGUCAAAGGCAGCUUGUGAUAAGACAAACUUUGGAAGUGGGUCUUGCAGCACUCUGGAUACUUCCCUUGAUGAAUUUAAAGAGCCUACUUCAGCAAGCAUGAGUGUUAGCCAUAAAAGCCUUGGGCAGUUGCGCCCAACAGGUUCGACUUUGCAGAACAGUAGACCCCAGAUGUCAAGAUCAGAUGCUGUCCAAGGUGCCCGUGGAACUGUUACUCAAAGUACACCUAGAACACCUGAACAAAGUCCUGGGAGUGUUAGGAAGCCAGUGAUGACAUCUCCCCCUCAAAGACCAUGUACCCCUCAUCAAAAGGGCGUACCGCAAACAAUUAAUAAAACACCUCAAACUCCUUUGUCUUCCAGGGUUGGCUCAAUGCCUUAUGAAUCAUUAAACUACAGAACCAACAAUAGGUCAUCCAUGAACACACCCGCCUCUGCGAGUGCCUCCCAAGAAAGACAAUCAUGUGCAAAUAUGCAAGUGAGACAUAAUGUAGGACAGUCUCCAAGUACAGGGUCAGGAUGUAAUGCCAAUCUAGGAUAUAAUAACCACAGUAGAGGUAGAGGUGUUUCAUCUUAUAAUCAAACCCCUCCACCCCGUAGGCAUGACCUGCAAUAUGACACUAGUAGUCUUAGGACAGCUCCAGGAAGUGCAGCCGCAACUCCUGCUAUGUACGGGAGAGGCAAGAACUUUCCAGGGAGGGGACAACCCCAAAGAUAUCACACUCCCGUUGCAGGACACGCUCAUCGGCAACACACCCCGGUAGCCGGACACGCCCAACAACCGCGAACUCCUGUUGUCGGCCAUGCCCAGAGACAACAUCCUUCCUUGAAUAGACCACCUCUUAAUCAGAGACAGUCCACACCAGGUCAACCUUCCCGACCAGUCUUGACACCCAGAGUGGCCCAGCUUUGCAAAGGAUCGGGUCCCAGUCCUGGAACAGGUUCUGUCCAUGGUGGGACCAGGAAAUUUCCAGGACCUGCUGGAUUGCUCCCUAAGCUGAGUCCUGGUCAGAAGCUGAAAGAUGCAGCAGCUGCUCUCAAGAAAAAGGUUGAAGAAGAAGAAUUAUCUCAGGAAGCAGAGGAGUCAAGUGAGGAGGUUACUGAUGUUGGUGAUUUUGAGCACGGGGCCUGGUUUAGGAUGAAGGCAGAACUUGGCAUAAAAGAUGGGGAUCCAUCAUCGAUCCUCCAACAGAACAAUAUUAACCUUGUCAUUAGAAAGGCAAGCCUAAAGCAGCUGACAAAGAACAAGGUAAACCACCUGUGUGUGAUGAUCAAGACCAUCUCCCUCAACAGCAGCGAUGCCAGCGUCAACCUCUGUGAUCCCAGCGGGGAGAUGCAGGGGACGAUUCAUCGGAGGCUGAUUGAGGAGUACCAGGGGGACCUUAGACCCGGCUCUGUUCUGGUCCUUAGACAGGUUGGAGUCCUGAGCCCAUCCCAGCGCAACCAUUACCUGAACAUCACACCUAGUAACCUGAUACAGGUUUUCCCUGGUGAGAGCAACAGCAGACCAGGCAGCCAGAAGACACCAAAGAGAACCAGGAAACACUCUGGACGGACAACGACCAAGAAGCGUCCAUCCGAGGAAGAAUCACCUGGAAAUGAACAAAGAUCAUCUCCUGUCGCUGGCAUGGGCUCUGCAACAGGGAGGAGAGGCGAAGAUGACGAUGGACUUGGGUCAAGUGAUGUACCAGAUGUAGUUGCCAUGGAUACAGAUAAAUACCUAGAGGAUGAUGAUGCAGGAAUAUGGGAGGAAAUGCUUGAGGAUGAGGAAGAUGUGCUGCUAAUGGAUUCUCAACUCAGUGCAGGUGAUGCGAAACCCGGACUAAAUAUUACAAAAAAUGGACCAACAGGAGAGAGACGGGCAGCACAGUCUAAAAACUUUAAUGGGGUAGAAUCAUCUUCUUUGUCCAUCUCGCCUCACCCUAAGGAUCCUGCAAUGGCUCAGGUCUCUCCGCCAAAGAAACAUUCACCACCAAUUUCUUCGGCGGAUACUACAUGUACAUCAACUUUUUCCUCAUCAUCAUCAUCGGCAGUGUUACCUGUAACAACCAAAAGAUGCCAUCCUGUGUCAUCUAAGCCCACUCCAAGUGUUGUCAAGUGUGCUGAGGAGAUAAAGAGGCCUUGCCUAAGGGAUAUUUCUGGUCUUGGGUCAAACACAGGUGGAGGAUUUCAACCAAGUGGACCGAACAAGGGUCUAAAUAACUGUAGAGAAGAGAGUAUUGGUGAUCUUCUUGACGGACUUGAAGAUGAGCUGUUUGAUGACUUCUGAAGGAAGCAGGCAUCACCAAGGAAGAUUGUGAGAAUGUCAUGUGUUCUAUGGCCAUUUGGUCUAAUAAAACUAUUAACAGAUGCUGCACAUCAUCUAAUUUAAUACUGUAGGUGUGUAACUAGUUUGUCUAUACCAUGUUGUCUAAUGUCUCACUCUGCCUUCUAUAAUCAGUUUGUCUUAUGUGCAGUACUAGCCACAGAAACAUUAGCGCUCACAGAGCACUUGCAGUAGGCCCACUCACAUCUUUCAGAUUGUGAUGUCUAAGAUGUAAAUAAUGCAGUGUUGAUUUAAUAGGCACCUGAUCAAAUAAAAUUUUGAUGUAAAUUUGAUGGUAAAUUUAUCCAAUAAAACACAUUUUUAGUUUAUAUACUUAGCAUCACAUCUGUUUUUGGACUUUUGUAUGAAUAUAAGCAUGUAAUGAAAUGGAGUAGUAACAUGCACUUUUGAGGAGAUUUACCAAAAAUAAAGAUUGUCUUUUUAACUUAGGAGUUUUGAGCUUGGCAAUCAUCCACAUCACUUCACAUCCCGUGAUAUUCACUUUUAGAAAACGAAACAUUGAUGGAAGAGUAUAGUAGUUCUGCUGCCUUAUAAGGGGAUACAGAUGUGGUAUUAUGUAUAAAACUAUAAAUAUGUGUGUAAUGCAUGUAUUUCUAUGUACCCAGUACUGCUGUUUUCCAUGCCUUUUCUACGUUUGUUAUUGCUUCUAUUUAUGUCACUUCUUAAGGUUGUAACCAAACCUGUUUGUGCAUGAUGUAAAAAGGCCACAAUGAAACAUGAUCCCUCCUACCAACCCUCUCCUAACAAAGAAGUUUGUUUGCCUUUCAAAUAUGAAAUUUGAUAUUUUUUAUAAAUUUGUAAUUUGUUGUCCUUGUAACUUGCUAUAACGGUAUAACAUGGAAUCAGGGCUCAGUAGAUAAAAAAAUCUAGGUUUUGGGGUUUGUUUAUUAACAUGUCAAAAUUGCCACUGUUGUAAUUUUGUUACAAAACAGGCACCAGCAAAAUCUUCACUGGAAGAAAGCAUCAAUAAUUUUAUUAUUUUUUGGGCUACCUGAAUCUUCCAUUGUGAGGGAAAGUUUGUUGUUCAUUUUAGUUUUCAAUGAUGUUCCUUAUUGUGGCAUUUGGUGCUUAUCCAAAGAGAGAUAAGGUUAUCGUUCAUAUAAAUUUAUAUACUGUAUAUAUAUACAUAUAUAUUUAGGGUAAGAAAUCCACCUUUACUUUAUUUUAUCAUGAACAUUACUUCAAACAGAGUGUUAAUCAUUGAUGUAAAAAAAAAAAAAACCUAUAAAAUUAAGCAUGUCUACUAACACUAGUACGUUGCUGUGCACACAUUUUUGCAUACAUGUAUGUGCAAGUAUAAUAAAAAAGAACAACUCGGUGCACAAUUGAGUGCAUUUGUGCAACUCAUAUUUCAUUGAAGAAAAAUUGUAUAUUUUAUAGAUCACUUUUCAUUUCAUUCACAAUGCAUUCAACCCACCACUUUGCACUGAAGGAUCAGAAUAUGAUCCUAAUGAGAGAGAGAAAAAGGUAUUUUCAUGUCACAUUUAUGUUGUUAAAUCAUCAGUAGUAUCAGCAAUUCUUCUAUGUUUGAUUAAAAAAGAUAUCCAUAGUCGUUUUAGAAAGUUAUUCUGGAAAAAGCAUGAAAGAUUAAAGCACUGCUGUAAAACCAAAGGUCAUCUCUUGCCACUUAUGUUGUAUGACUGUAGAUACAGACUUAUGUUUAGUAUACAUGUAUGUAGAAAGGUGCAAAGAUAAGUCUUCUUCUUCGUUCUUUUUUCCCCAUUGUCAAUGUCUUAAAAAUGAUUUAUGUCCCCUUAUGAUGAAAAAUUAUACUUUCUCUCUCAUUUGCUUGGGCAAUAAGCCAGUUCGUAGUUCCAUUCUGCGCAUGAUCAGAAGAUUCUGCGCAUGAUCAGAGAAAGGUCAUUUGUACUAAAGUGGCAUGGUGGUUUAAAAUUUAAUGAGAUAAGCACCAACUUUGGUGUCUUGAUUAUUCAUAUAUUCUUUUCAAUUGUGUUUUUCAUUUGCAUCCACAAAGAACAAAAAUGCGUCCACGACUGGUAUUUCACUGCAGUUUGCCAAGUACAUUGUACAACAUGCUAUAAUAUGCAUUCAAAGUAGAAAUGCAACAAAUACCUUCAUGGAGUCUUCAAUGGUGUGCUAUUCUAGUCACCUGGUAUAAUUCAAUUUCUUCAUCCUGCUAUGUAAGGCAUUCAAAUGUUAUAUCCUGCUUUGAAAUCUGCUUAUCAUAAUGAAAUAGAUGAAAGGUCAUUAGACCAAAAUUUUCCCUGAUGUAACUACGAACUGGUCUAUUAACCAACGUUCUGCAGGAAGCCUGCUUUAAGGCUUGAACGUCUUUCAGAGUGGCUUUCAAGGAUUUGCUAUUGUUUUGUUUAGAUAUGUGAGGAUAACUGAUUAAAAAAUUGCCUGUAGGAUUCCUGCAGGAAACACACAAUUCUGAAUUUAAUAUCACUUUUUGGAAGAAAGCUUUACAACAUCUUCACCGGGGCUGCAAAAAAACAUUAUUUUUAAUUGAUUGCAAAUUCAAUCAUAAAUUGAUUGAAAAUGUAUUGAUAGAUUAAUUUUAAAAUCAAAUAAAUCCAUACCAUCUGUUGGAAGGGACAGACCAGGGCCCAAUCUUACAAAGAGUUGCGAUUGAUCCGAUCAAUCACAACUAUGGACGGCCAGCAACGUCAACAUCUAAAAAUGCAAAUUUGUUCAAAAUAUUUUCUAGAUGUGAUGUACAUUCAUACAUUUAUCGUUCUCUGGAAGAUUCAGUGUGAUUCUCUUUGUUUUAAGGAGAUUGUGCCAAUUCCCUGUGGAAAAAAAUUAUGACACUGAUGGAUUUCCAUAGAGUUCUGAUUGAUUGGAUCAAUUGACGGAGCCCAGUCACCAAUUUCAAAUUUGCAAUUGAUUAUAAUACUUAUGAUUGAUUUGGAAGGGUGGAAUCGAUUUGUGAUUGAUUUUACAUUUCUUGCAGUGUCACCUUACUUUGUAUUUGUCUUUACUGACAUCCAGAUGAAAAAAAAGUCUCAAAUGAAUGACUCUUAAAUGCCUUGCAACACGUAUAUUCAACUUGGUAGUUUGCUAGUUGCAUCUUGGGCAGGAAUAACUGUCUUUCCUGGGUAUUUUCUUUAAGAAUUUCUGUCAUAUGUUUACCGAUAACUAAAGCAGAGCCAAUGUUAAUGGAACAGCCAACUGUACAGGGACUGAAGCUGUUGUUCUAGUUGCUUUGAUCCCUGCCAUAUGUAGAUGACCCUGAUUUCAUUGUAAGGUUCUUACAGUGCGAAGACUAUCAUGUACUAUUCAAAGAUUGAAUAAAGCACAUAGAACAU